UUGCCAGGAUGUCAACGUCAAGCAAAAUAUUAAAAAAGUUUAUGCUGUACAAAACAAAUUUAAUCUUCGCAAAACAAAAUGAUAUUUCCAAAAUUGUAUCGAUUAAAUCAUUUAUUUCUAUAAUUAUGAUUGAAAUAUCAUUUUAGUGGUUCUUCGUAUCAUAUAAUGCAUAUAUUCAAUUCACUAUACAUCUACAUGAUUGUUGUCACAUCACAAUGGAUCCAAAUUUGUGCCGAGUAUGUUUGUGUAAAACUGGUACCGUAUCUCUAUUUGGAAACCAGGGUAACAUUCAAAAUUGUGCCAAGAUUAUGCGUUGCGUGAACGUAAGUGUAGUGGAAGGCGAUGGUUUACCACAUUCGAUGUGCGAAGGCUGUGCCAUGGAGCUUAGUGUGGCGUACGAGUUCGUCCUAAAAUGCGAAACAUCUGAUAAGGCGCUCCGUUGCGUGGCCACAGAUAACUUCUCCGAUGUCGACGCUAAGAUCGAACUAGAAGAUAUCAAUGGAGAAGACAUUAAAAAUGAACUUGAUUUUAUUGAUUAUGAUAGUGAUCAACUAUUAGACACUAUUAAACAAGAUUAUUCAGAAACCCAACUUUUGAGGAGUAAAACAGAGAAAUCAAAAGUGAAUAAAAGGUUUGAGAUUGAAUCUGAACCAGAUAAUAUAAGAAACAGUGUACAAAGGGACCUUGAACAAUUUACAGACAUAUUAGAAUCUUAUAAGAAACAAGAAUCUGAUCAUAAAAAAAAUAAUAAUUUAGCCAAUGAAAGAAAAAAACAGAGACGGUCCAAUAGAGGACCAAGGAGUUGUGAAGUGUGUGGGCUGGUGACUGCUUGCCAGUCUGCACUUGAUAUUCACAUGCGCACACAUACUGGAGAGAAACCAUUCCAAUGUAACAUUUGUAAAGCCCAGUUUAGGAAUAAAGGAGGCUUGAAAAGUCACAUAGAAUCCCGACACUCAUUCAAUAGAGAGAAAAAAUUCACAUGUGAAAUGUGUGGCAGUAGCUUUUAUAGGAAAAAUGAUAUAAUAAUACAUAUGAGAACACAUACUAAUGAGAAACCUUAUGUUUGUUCUUAUUGCCCUCGUAGGUUUAGACAGAUUGCUUGUCUAAUACGUCACAGGCGUAGUCACACUGGAGAGAAGCCAUAUUCUUGUGCGAUUUGUAAUAAAAAGUUUGCUGACAAAUAUUUUGUUAAAAAGCAUUUGAUUGUGCAUAGUGAUGAAAAGAAAUACUCAUGUCACUUGUGCAACAAGUCUAUGAAGACCAGAAGUGCAUUGAAUACCCAUUUGAAUUUGCAUAAAAAUCAGAAACAGAAUAUUUGCAGUUUCUGCGGGGCUGCUUUCAAUAUGAAAGGGAAUUUGCAGACUCACAUCCGCAGGUUACACUCUGAAAAGUCAGGCAUAUGUAGUGUUUGCUUGAAAACCUUUCCUGAUGUAGAGGAGCAUAUGAGAAAGCAUACUGGAGAGAAGCCUUUCGCAUGCAAGCUGUGUAACCAACAAUAUGCUACAGAGCGUAGUCUAAAACAGCACACUGCCUUUAAACAUGAGAACGCUGAAAAGUUUAAGUGUUCCAUAGGAGAUUGCACGAGAACAUUCCCCACAGCUAUGAUGCUCGAGUUCCAUCUCCUUAAACAACACACGAACAACACCCCUUACAUUUGUCAUCACUGUUCUCGAGGAUUCUUCCGCACUUGUGACCUUUCUCGUCAUUUAAGAGUCAGCCACAUGGAUCUCCAAUUGAAAGAACCAUUAAAUAAAACUGUUUACUAAAAAUUGUACUUGGUUUUAAAGUAAAAUAAUUAGUUUGUAUGAACUACUCAUAUAUUAACAUUACCUCGUAUUUUUAUUUAUGGAAUAAGCUAGUCAAUAUUUCAUAAUAAAGCAUAU